ACAAGUGCGGCCGACUGAACCUAAACUCAGUCCUGAUUUUUCUGCCCCGAAGGCUCUAAAAACUACACCCUGCACUGUCUCACCACCGAGCCGGACGUGUGUGCUUACUGCCAUGGUGGACUGAUAUGUGUUACGACGAGAAUCUUUUGCCCCGGAGGUGAAUUGUUCCUUGGUGAGCUAGUUUGGUCCGUCAGUUAGUGGUGAUGUUGUGCACGGGGCUGGAGGAGCAGCGAGUAGCCUGACGCGUCUUCACCACAGGCCGGGACGAGCCUUGCAGCUGAGCCCGGACGACCAAGACAACCAAAUGGGAGCCAGGAGAGCAUCCAGAAACUUCUGGUGAUAACCGGGCACUUGGAUACGUUUAGCCUGCUCCAAACUGCCUCACCAAUUCCUGCUGAAAGUGAGACCCAAACAGCUUUCACGGUGGAAACGAGAAGAAGAGCAAAGAUGAAUGCUGUGCGGGGGGGCACAGUCACCUGGCGUCCCCAGCCAUGGCAGGACGGGGAUGGGGGAGGAGGGGAGCCCCUGUCAGACAGCGACUCAGAGGAAGAGGACUUCCCCGAUGACAGCACCACCCCGUUGGGGGACUACAUCACACAUGGAUUGAAGCAGCUCCUGGAUGCUCAGCAGCUGUGUGAUGUGACUUUACUGGUUGAGGGAAAGAAGUUCAUGUGUCACAGAGUCCUCUUAGCAGCCGUGAGCCCCUACUUCCGGGCCAUGUUCACCAGCCCUCUGGUGGAGUCGCGCCUCACUGAAAUCCGUUUGGAGGAAGUGACGCCGUCUGUCAUGGAGACUGUCAUCCAGUUUGUGUACACCGGUGAGGCAGGGCUCUCUCUGGACACAGCUGAGGAUCUUUUUGUGGCUGCCAAUCGGCUUCAGGUCAUGCCCCUUCAAGACCUGUGCUCCAGGUUUCUAUUUGAGCACCUCUCAGUAGAUAACUGCCUGGGGAUGUACUCUCUGGCUCGCUCUCACCACGACCAGCUGCUGCUGCGUGCCUCCCUGCGGCUGGUAGCCCAGCAUUUCCCCUGGGUGGCCCGGCAAAAAGACUUCCUCCUACUUGACCACGGCACCUUAGGCAGCCUCCUAAGCUCAGACCGCCUGGGGGUGGACUCCGAGGCAGAGGUCUAUGACGCGGCACGCCGCUGGGCGGAGCACCAACCCUUGGACCGCUAUGCCCACAUGCCUGCGCUGCUUCACCACCUGCGGCCGGGACUGCUGUCUCAGGAAGAGAGCCGAAGACUGAGCCAGGAGUUGGGGCCCGCUGCAGCCGGUGAGGGCCUUGGAGGACCUCUGAGACCACGGGAGGGAAUGUUUGAGAAAAAGAUUGUCUGUGUGGACCUGACACCCCGGGAAGAUGAGAACUUAGCAGCAAGAGACUACACAGUGGACUGCUUUGAUCCUCGGACAGGGAAGUGGAAGAAGUUAGCAGCGCUGGGAUCACUUGUCAGUCCCGGCUGCACCGCAGUAGGUGACAGGCUGUUUGUAGCUGGUGGGAUCCUGCGGACAGGCUCUGUGUCUGCGGCUGUGCAUGAAUAUGAUGCAGUGUUAGACCGCUGGAUAGAGCGGCCUUCAAUGAUCCAGCCCAGGGCAAUGCUAGGCCUGCUAGGCUGUGGAGAUUCACUCUAUGCCUUAGGUGGCAGCAACCGCUCGGCCCUGCUGGACUCCAGUGAGACCCUGGAGCUGACCACACUACAGUGGGCGACGGGACCUCGGCUACCGCUACCUCUGCGCGCCUUUGCUUGCGCAGCGUUACGUGGACGACUUUAUCUUCUGGGUGGAACCACGUUAGAACAGAACCGGGCUGUGGUCCACUCAGGCGUCCUUAUUUAUCACACCCUAACAGACUGCUGGACACGUGUGGCGCUGGACUCUGGCGCCACCUGCCUCGCUGGAGGUGUUGCAGUGCGAGGAGGAGUAUGUGCAAUCGGAGGAUACAUGAGGGAUACCACCAAGUUCCUGGAUGGGAACUACACUAAUCUGGAGACUUUAGACGCCACUGGGCGUGUGCUGUUUUUCAGAGAGGGCCGAGGGUCCGGGGUAGAGAGGGAGGUCACUGGGGGAGGUGUCACGGUCACUGCGGAGCAGCGGGGGGGUGCAGGCGGUGGCAGCGACCGAGCUCCGAGCCCUGUGGUAUUUCCUGGGCUGCCGCGGCGGAUAGCAGCUGGGGGUGUGGCCAGGUGGAAAAGGAGGAUUUAUGUCCUGGGUGGGGAAAACGGCUCACGGUUCUAUGACAGCGUGUACUGUUGGAAGCCCGGCUGGCGCAGCUGGGUUCAGAGACGUGAAAAACUCCCUGGGGAUACUGGAGGAGUGAGCCAGUUUGGGUGUACCACUUUAAAAUUCCCUAAGAAACACAUCUUAUCCAGACUGAGACUAGCCAAAGAGAACUGCAAGAAGGCCGCAGACUAGCUUGACAAGGACCAGUACAACUGAAGUUGAGGCAGCCGAGGCUGAGUUUGAAUUAGCUCCUCCUUGACCUCAUGAAAUGUUGGUGUUGAGAUGAAGUCGCAAGGAAGAGACCAAUUUAUACAAUUAGAGUGCAGCCACAGAGAAGGAUAUUAAUGGACCGGAUGCAGACAGAUCGUACAGGAUUUAUGAUGGAUAGUCAAAUGUACAGGCAGAGAGCAAGUGGAGCCAGAAACUGGUUAAAAACAGGCAACGUGCACCUGAAUGUAACGUAAUCCACUAGCUGUCCGAACAGUAGAGUCCUUUGAGAGAAAGAGAAAGGGGCCUUUUAAUUAUAUUCUCACAGUGUAGUGUUGUCAGGUUUUUGCUGGUGUAAUAUUUUUUUUAAGGCUCUUUGAGAAUCAUUUCGGUGCUGUGAUUUUUUUUUUUUUUUUUUUUCAGCAGUGUAGACACAAGGGUACCUGCACGUUUCUGACGAGGCUGUGUUUCACUGAUAUGCCCUAACCCUUGAAGGCAAACGACCUUUAUUAGAGCCUGAAACCAAAACAUUGGCAGUAUUGGAUAACUAGCUUCCAGUCUGCUUGUGUGCUGCACAAACAGACUGGAAACAGUGCUGCACUGAGCAUCCUGUUGCAAAGUGUUGAUAGUAGUUACUAUCAACAUGAAACAUGAACAUUUAGACCUUUUUGCACUUGAAUGUUGUCACAGCCUCUGAUCCUUUCCUUUUUCUCAACAGCUAAACUUGCCUAAACCUUUGCUUUGCUCUUUUGUCUUCUUCUUUUUUACUACCAGUUUUCCCCUGGAAACAUUUUCCCUCCUUUACAAUCCUUCACAGACUUUCAUCUAUUUUUUUUUCCUUGCCCGCUAAUGUGGGAUUGUAAACUCACAAAAAUUAUUACUGCAAUUAAGGGCUAUGCAAGUAAAUGUGACUUGGGAGGAAACUUAUCACACAAAACAUUAACAUUUUUUAUAUUUUUUUUUCCAACUGCUGCCUUGUAGGCUGAUGUACUGGGGCCAUCUAUGUUUUUGUUUGUAAUCGAAACAAAAUUUGUUCAUCAGAUUUAUUGCCAUAAUUUAAGCAACCAUAAACUGCGUGAUUUGAAAAAUUAGCACACAUUCUGUUGCUAAAUUCCUAAACCAGUGAAGAGAUGGGCCUCCUGUUCUGUCUGUCUUUGGCUCACAUUUUCAAGUCCAUCCUAGAAAAAAAUCUGUCCCUGUACUGAUCUUUCCGUCUCAGUGUAGGACCUCAGUCUAAUGCUUUAUAAAAGCAGAAAAUUUUAGUGUUACUACGUUUAGUUCUCAUUGGCUCAUUCAAACCCCUGUGUGCUGAGCUCAGGCCCAAGAGUGUGUUUUUUUACUUUGCAGAAACUGGGUUUUUGUUCAUGUUCCUAUAAAAUGACCUGCCAAGUCAAAGAAGUGGAACAUAGCAUUGGCAGAAAUGUGCAGAUAGGGCUGAUAGCAAGAACACCUUCUUCUAAAUAUCGAUAUGUGGGGGAAAAAAAUGUCUCAUGUGUCAAGGUGAUUUGGUAGAACUUUACGACACUAUACGGCAGAGUGAUGAAAUACAGGUAUUGUCCUGGGGAAAAUUUGACCUACGAAUUGUUUGGUAUUGUUAGUUUCAACAGCGAAUCUUGAUUCACAGUAUUUUAAAGAUCCCGCUGUACAACUACAGUGACAGUUGGUAUAUAUCGAAGGGUUUCAUGCUGCCCUAUGUCGAGAUGACCUAUGUUUGUGUCUGGACUAUCGCUCUGUCCAACAUCUUUCCGAAACAUUCAAGCCAGGUGAACAGUGGUCUUUACUUGAUUCAGCAGCCAUGACAAAAUAACAUUUCUCUUUCGGUUGCUUCAGCCAUAGGACUUGUGAAUGUGUUUGGCACAGAGGCUAGGACUUAUCUGAACACAUUAGCAUUGCACAUUAUUUAUUGAAAUGUAUUUUUAAGGUUUUUUUUUUUUGUUGUUGUUGUUGUUUUGCAAUGAUAAUAAUUGCUUUGAGUGGGAAGUGUGGGGAGCCCGGCUGUCCUGAGGGAUGGUACUGUACUGUAAGUUUAGACAGAUCUGUCAGACAGGAGCAUAUAUGUUUAUAUCUCAAAGUGACGAAGAGGCUUUAAAGUAACUGAAUUAUGAAAAUGUGAUUUUAUGAAAAGCCCAGGAAAUGUAAGCACAUUGUUUUGCUGUAAGCCGCUGUGUUUUCUUUCAUCUUUUCUGUUUUCCUGUUUUAUUUAUUGAACUUGAUCAAAUCCAGAUACUUCUGGGGGAGAUGUGCGCAGAGGGAAAACACAGCCAGCUGUGUCUGAAAUCUGAAGAUGACUGAAAGAUGUCUCUGACAUUAAAAUGAAUGAGUUUCAAAUUAUGAAACGCAGCAGGGAAUUUUGGCUUCAAUUCACUCACAACUUGCUCACUUGACCUCACCAUUUCAAUGAUCAGCGUUUUCAUUCCUGCAGGCCAGAUGUUAGUUUCAGAUGUAACUUCAGAUUAGUGAAGACUCAUCCAGUUUAGAUACUGUAAUUAUUUUGUCAGCCUAAAACAGGAAACGAAGUUGUAUGCAGGACGAGCCCCUGUAAUGGAAAAACAGGAGUUUUGAUCCAGCUCUUACUCCUCAGAUAAGACAAAAGGUGACUCCGCACAGGAUCCUCGACACGCAGAGUGGAUUCAGUAAAAGUCUGAAACUUUAAUUCGGUUUAAAUCAGUUGAAAAGCACUGGUUUAGUGAGACAAAUAGAUGCUUUUGCACAUAACAUCACUAAUUGAAGCAAUAUUCAUGUUAUUUUCCUAAACAGGUUCAAAUUAGACCAUAGUUGUGUUUGUUUGUGUUUUACUGCUUUCCCUCGGGUUAUCCUGAAUCAGCCGACUGAUAAUGUUCAGUCGGACCAUUCUUCCAUUUAGAUCUUUCCAAAGUGUUACGGUGACUCAGUUUCCCCUGAGAACAGAACAGUGGAACUUCCCCAGCACAUUUAACACCACAGGUAACGAGUUAUUUCGAGUGAGCGCAGAAACUCUCCAGUGACACAGCUACUGUGUCAUUUAAUUAUAACAUUAUGAUCACUGCUGGAUCUCGUAUUAAGUCUGUUAUAAUACAUACUACAUGAUACAUGAAAUACUUUGGUUUAGUUUAUUUCACUGUGUAAUUCAUACAUAAAAUUAAACAAAAUUCCACAACCACUUUUUUUUUUCUCACACAACCCACGCUGCUGAACAGAGACAACAGUGGGCUCUUUACAUGAAUAGUGAGAGACAACUGAGACGAGACAUUUAAUACUGUAAGAAUUCAAACCUGAUAAAAUUUGACCAAAUCCAUUAAGAUAAGCAGCAAAAAACACUUAUUCUGUGAAGUUUUUUUUCAGUAGUAUGUUCACUAGUUAAACACACAAUGAAGUUUUUUUUUUUUUUUUGUGAGUGGUGAACUUGUUUUUCUAGAAACAUCCAUGACACACUGUCUUAUUUCCCACGACAUGCUCUGAAUUCUCACCCAGAAAUGUUCGAUGACUUGAUUUUCUUUUCCUUCGUGUGCUUACAGCUUUUAUGACACGUGAAAAGUGAUCGUGUGCGCAUGCAUGUUUUCUAUGCCGAGGCGUAACUCUCGUUCAACGCGAGCUCUUUGCACACGUGCACGCCCACGUACUGUGUGUCCAUUCAGAGAAGUAAAGCUGCCCUCAUUUGUACAAUCUAAUGAAGUUUGUGAACUGAAAGGCAAAUGGAUGUUUUGAUGAAAGCAGUGCUAUCAA